AUGUCUUCUGGAGCAGGCGAUAACGGCACUGUGAGGAAUGCGAGUUCUAGAACUGAUUUUCUGGACAUGAAAACGCUCUUUGUGCGUUCAAUCCCAUUUGACGCCACGGAUGAGGAGUUGUCCACGUAUUUUGCGGAUCUGGCACCCAUCAAGCACGCGGUGAUAGUCAAGGAUGACCAGAAAAAAUCAAGGGGCUUUGGUUUUGUAAGUUUCGCAGUUGAAGACGACACCAAAGAAGCAUUGAAUAAGGCUAGAAAGGCCAAGUUCAAGGGCCGGCUACUGCGAGUAGAUAUCGCAAAGAGAAGAGACAGAGCUGGCACAGCUAAAGCAGAGCCUUCAAGGACUGCUGAGGAGAAAGAAAAUGCGCUAAUGGGCGGUAAGCCAAAGCUCAUUGUGAGAAACAUGCCAUGGAGCGUGCGUAAUCCAGAGGAACUGAAAAAAAUAUUUAUGCGUUUCGGUACAGUCGUGGAGGCCAAAAUUCCAAAGAAGCGCGAUGGAAAGCUCUGUGGCUUUGCCUUUGUGACCAUGAAGAAACUGGCCGCCUGUAAGAAAGCUAUAGAGGAUUCCAAAGAUUUGAAAAUUGAUGGUAGACCAGUUGCAGUGGAUUUCGCCAUUCAGAAGAAUAAGUGGGAGGAGCAUAAGCAAGAAGCUGCAGUUGAAUCAGCGGAGCAGUCUGGAUCAGAAAGCGAGGCUGAUGAUGACGUAGAGGAGGAAGAAGAAGAGGAAGAGAAGCGAGACGAUAACAGUUCAGAAGACGCUGCUAAUCUUGACGAUAGCGAAGAGGAAGAUGAGAUUGAAGGUGAGGAAGAGCUUGAUCUUGAUAAUGAACAAGAAAGAGAGUUUGAAAAUCGUCCUAAACAAAACAAAAAAGAGAAUUGGUCUAUUUUCGUUCGUAACGUGCCUUACGAUGCUACAAAUGAGUCUCUCCAAGAACAUUUCAGCCAAUUUGGCCCUGUCAAAUACGCAUUACCAGUCCAAGACAAGGAGACUGGUCUUGCGAAAGGUUCUGCUUUCGUCGCCUUCUGGAAUCAAGACAGCUUCGACGACUGUGUUAAAAAUGCGCCAGCCUCCGGAACCACGUCGCUCUUGAUUAGUGACGACGUACCUUACAAGUACGUUUAUGAGGGCCGUAUUCUGUCUAUUACGCCUUCUCUGGAUAGAGAAACUGCUGAAAAGUACGCGGACAGUAACGCAUCUAAAAGGAAAGAAACAUUCGGUAAAGCACCCACUUUAAGAGAUAAGCGUAAUCUAUACUUGCUUAACGAGGGAAGAAUUACGGAUGGUUCUAAACUUUCUCAACUUUUGAGCUCUAAAGAUAUGGAGAUCAGAGAAAGCUCUUAUAAACUGAGAGUCGAACAGCUAAAGAAAAAUCCAAGUUUGCAUUUAUCGCUGACAAGAUUGGCUGUUAGAAAUCUUCCAAGAGCUAUGACUGACAAAACUUUGAAGGGGCUAGCGCGCAAAUCUAUCGUUGAAUUUGCCACAGAGGUCAAUUUGAAAAAGAGACACCCAUUGAGUAAAGAAGAGAUUCAGAGAUCCACCAAAGAGAAGUACAAGUUCAUGGACGAAGAUGAUAUUGCAGCAAGAAAGAAAAAAGACAAAAAACAAGGUGUCGUCAGGCAAGCUAAAGUCAUCAUGGAAGUCAAAGGCUCAUCGAGUGGUAGAAGUAGAGGUUAUGGAUUUGUUGAGUUUAGAGAUCAUAAAGCAGCCCUUAUGGGUUUAAGAUGGCUCAACGCCCAUGAGGUAACGAAGGCCGAGGUUUUGGAAGGACUCGACGAUGAGGAAAAGAAGAGUGUAGAUAUCGAAGGGCUUACUCGUAGACGUCUUUGCGUGGAGUUUGCCAUUGAAAAUGCUAAUGUAGUCAAGAGAAGAAGAGAGGCUACUAAUGGAGCGAAAGAGACAAGAAAGAGAAAACUGGAAGGUGGAAACUAUAAAGGUGAAGGAAAAGGUGGUUCUGAUAAAAGACCUAAAAAAAGUGAUCCUGAAACUUCACAGGAAAAGGCUGAAGAUAAGCCAACUAAAUCUGGUGUUGACGAAGACACAAAAAGGCUGAUAGGCUUCAAGCGUAAAAGAAAACAAAGCAGGAAGUAG